AUGAAUCAAACAUUCCCAUCUCUCUCAAAAACGAACGCUACGAAGCCUUAUUCACAGGCGGCAGAACUUCAACAUUCGUUUCAUGAGCAAUCAUCGUGUAAGACUGAAGCAAUAAAAUCAACAUUCAACUUCGAACAACGUUUUCUUUGUGACAACGCUCUACGCUCAAUAACAUAUCGGCCCACACAGACAGUGUCGUGCCGACAAAAUAUUGUUGAAAAUCUUGAUCGUAUAUGCUGCUCACCUGUAAAUACGAAACGAAAUGUUUCUCUUUGCUCAACGUCAUUUCAACAAAUCCCUUCAUCACCGUCAUUAAAAAAUGAAAUGAGUAGCACAACAGAAAAUACGUUCGUCACAAAUACUAGAGAUACAAUGACAAACCGUUUAAAUCCAUUUCGUGCGUUUCUUCUUGUUGAUAUUCAAACAAAACAAAUUAUUAGUGUAAAUAAACAAGCUUGUGAAUUAUUUUGGUAUACAGAAAAUGAAUUGAAAACAAAGAAAAUUACCGAUCUCAUCGUCGUCGAUGAUGAAAAAAGAACACAUCAGAAUGCAAUUGUUGAUUCGUUUUUAAGCAAAGAUAGUGGACAAACAGAAUUGAUUGCAGGAAAAAUUGUUGAUGUUUUGUUGGGUACUGGUGAACGAAUGCCAUACUCGAUGUAUGUUCAAGAUUUGGAAAAUAAUAAAUUAUGUUUUUAUGCAUUUGAAUCAAUUCAAAUGAUUAUUGCUAACGUCCGCUGUAGUGAGAAUGGUUCAAUUGUCUCGCAUGAUUCUAAUUUUUCAAUAUUAUUUAAAAGUGCAAUGAUCAAUAGUAUCAAUAUUGACGCUAGUCAGAUACAUAAUAUCUAUGAUUUUAUGCCAUCAUUAAAGAAGAAAAAAUUGAAAAAUUUAAUAUUGACCAAACAAUAUCGGACAACAGGUUGUUUAAAUAAGAAUAAAAAUUUAUAUAUUCCAUUAACAUUAUGUGUGAAACAACAACAGACAUCGUCAGAAUUCUUUGAUUUAAGCAUAUCGGUAAUAAUGAAUAUAAGUGGUUUAAUUAUUGUCGACGAGAUGAGUAUGAUAAGAGCAUACAAUCCAUAUUUCGUGCAAUGUUUAUUAGGAUAUAAAUCGUUGGAUUUGAUCAAUCAUAAUAUCAAUGAAAUAUUGUCAAAUUAUAACUCAUUUAACAAGAUAUCACUAUCAAACAGUAAUAUUGCUGAAAAUUUAUCGUAUCAUUCAUUAUCCGAUAAUACAGAUGAUAGUGAUGAAGACGGUGAGGAACGAUCAUCAUCAUCAUCAUCGUUAACAUCAAAUUCAUCGACACUUGAAUCAGUCGUCAUCACCCCAUUAGCCAAUCGUACGCUAGAAUCAUUAGCAAAAAGUCAAAAUAUUCCACAAAAUUCUGUUAUUGAACCCGAUUCGAAGCAGGGAAAAUGUUUAUUUCAAUCAGACAAUAACAAGAAAAGUGGUUUGAAAUCAAUUGUUGAAUGUUCAACAUCGACACCAAUUGAAAAACGUUUAAAAAAUCCUUUUACACAAACACUCGUUAAUGAUUAUGAUGAUUCUGCUGUUUUACAAACUAAAGCAAAACAUAAAAAUGGAACAUUUAUUGGUGUUAUGUUUGCCGUAAGACAACUGGAUCUUGUUGAUGGUACGCAUCGUUUUUGUGUGUGGAUGACGCGAGACAAUACCGAUCCUGAAUUUAUUGCAUUACAAAAAUUAAUUGUUAAUCAACAACUACAUGAUUGUCCAACAUUAUCGCUUGGAGAUUUAUCAACGUCAUUAUUGGAUACAUCCCAAACUCAUAAAACAUUGGAAUCAGCUUAUGUUAUAACGCGUAAACGAGGACGUGGUGGAUAUGGUCAAGUUUAUUUGGGUCACAAGAUAAAUGAACCAACGAAUAAAGUCGUCAUCAAAUUUAUCAAAAAGACAAAAUUAAAACUUCAUCGUUAUAUUGAACAUCCCGAUUAUGGUAGAAUUUUGUAUGAAAUAGCCGUUUUAAAACAGCUUAAACAUCCAAAUAUUGUCGAAGUAAUUGAUGCAUAUGAUACAGAAAAUUAUGUUCAAAUGAUAAUGCCUUUGCAUGGAGUGGGCAUGGAUCUUUAUGAAUUUAUUGAAAAAGGUGCUCAAAUCGAUGAACCAUUAUGUAGUUAUAUUUUUCGACAAAUUGUGGAUGCUGUGAGUUAUUUACAUACAAAUCAUGUCGUUCAUCAAGAUAUUAAAGAUGAAAAUAUAAUUAUUAAUGAAAAUUUUCAUAUUAAAUUAAUUGAUUUUGGAUCUGCCAGAGCUAUACUUGAUAAUGCUAGAUGUUCAUCAAAUUAUGCUGGAACAACUGAAUUUUGCUGUCCAGAAUUCUUUAAAACUGGAAGUUGUAAUUGGAUAUCGGCUGAUAUUUGGGCAAUGUUUAUUACACUUUAUUUACUUAUCUUUCGUCGUUAUCCAUUUUUGAGCCCAGAUGAAAUAAAAAAAUGUCGCCUUGAUUUAUCAAUACGUUCAAAUAUAUCAGAUGAAUUAUUUGAUUUAUUAAAAUCGACAUUAGUCUCUGAUCCAUAUGGACGUUUAACAAUGAGUGAAAUCAAAAGUCAUCAGUGGAUUCUACAACCAGUUGAUAUUGAACAAUAUCACUGGCAAGUUGUAACAAAUGCAUUUUCAGAAGAUAGUUUUCUUAUUGACAACAACAAUCAAUCAGAGAGCGAACAUUCGUUUGCCAGUUUAACACGUCAAAUUCAAAAUCAAUUUCAUUUAUUUGAUGAUGAAAAGAAAGAAAAUUUAAAUGUCAAAAGUGACACUGUUCAAAAUAGCAAUAGUUCUAUGUCAUUACAAUUCUUCGAUCAGGCUUGGUCAGCAGCAACUGGUGCUGACGAUGAUCAGCAAGAUGAAACGCAACAAGGACGCCAAAUGACGACCUCUCGUGAUGGCACAAUUUUUCUUGUUGAUUGUGGAAAAGACAUGUUUGAAUCAAUAUCGUUAAAUAUGAAAAAAGAAAGCGAUGGUGAUGUUGAUGAUGAUAAUGAUCAAACAAAUAUUAUAGAUGAUAUAAAAACACCAUUUCAAUUGGUUAUGAAAGCUGCACAAACAUUUUAUCAAUCAAAAAUAAUUAGCAAUGAUAAAGAUCUUAUGGGUAUCAUUUUAUAUAGUACAGAAAAAAGUAAAAAUUCUUUUGAUUUUAAACAUAUCUAUAUCUUACAUGAAUUAGCACAACCAUCAGCGGAACGAAUAAUUGAAUUAGAAACAUUAUCAUCUGAAGAUAAAUAUUUGAAUUUAUAUAAAAAAGAUUUUGGUUCAAUUAAUUCAACUUAUUCAUAUUCAUUAAAUGAAGCAUUAUGGACAUGUUCAAAUUUAUUUUCAAAUUCACCACAACGUCUUACAGUUAAACGUAUUUUUAUUUUUACAUGUAAUGAUCAACCACAUGCAACAAAUUUAAUACUAGAACGUCAAGCAAAACAACGUGCCAAAGAUUUGAAUGAUGUUGGUAUACAAUUAGAAUUAUUUCCAUUAUUAACAAAAUCUAUAACUAAAUUUGAUUAUAGAAAAUUUUAUCAAGAUAUGUUGAUGUUAGCUGAUGAAGAUUUAGAAUUAUUAGAAAAAAAACCGUUUAAUAAAUUGGAUGAAUUAUUAAAACGUGUGUUAGCCAAAGAACAUAAAAAACGGGCAUAUUGUACAGUACCAUUCAAAUUUGGAGCUAUUGGUGAUGGUCAAAUGGAAAUGUCAGUUAGUGUUUAUAAUAUUGUUCGUCCAUGUCCAAAACCAACGAAAAUCAAAUUAGAUAAGAAAACGAAUAUGGAAACAAAAAUUGUUACAAAACAUUAUUUACCUGAAACAGCUGAAAUAUUAAUGCCAUCCGAUAUUCAAUAUGGUCUAGAUAUAGCUGGUCGACGAAUAUUAUUUGAACAAGAUGAAAUAAAAGCGAUAAAAAGAUUUGACGAUGAGCCAGGUUUUCGUUUAUUAGGUUUUAAAGAAAUGUCAUGUUUAAAACCAUUUCACUAUGUGAAACCCGGUCAUUUUAUUUAUCCUGAUGAAAAAUAUGUUGAGGGUAGUUCAUGUUUGUUUAAUGCAUUAUUGAAAAAAUGUUUAGAAAAACAAAUGUUUAUAUUGUGUCAAUUUACGGCCAGACGUAAUACACCACCGCGCAUAGUUGCCUUAAUACCACAAAAAGAAGAAUUUGAUGUUAAAAUACCAACGGAUAAAAUUGCAUCAAAUGGUUUUCACGUUGCCUAUUUGCCUUAUGCUGAUGAUAUUCGUUCAUUACCAAAAGUUGAUCCACCACGCGCUACUCAAAAUCAAGUACAGAAAUUUCGUCAAGUAAUUAAAGCAUUAAAAUUUAAAUAUCGUCCAGAUAAAUUUGAAAAUCCUACAUUACAAACAUUAUGGCGUAGUAUUGAAGCAAUGGCAUUAAAUAAAGAUAAAACGGAUGAUUUUGUUGAUUUAACAAUACCAGUUAUUGAACGAAUGGAAGAAAAAGCCGGAGACUUAGUUCAAAAUUUAAAAACGUCAAUAUUCCCACCCGGUUAUACAGGAUUGAAUAAAUCAGCUGUAAAACGAAAGACAGCCACUGAUGCAGCCAAUUACAGUAAAAAAUCAAAAAUGGAAGAAGCAGCUGAGGUUGAAGAUGCAGCUCGUAAUGGCACUCUGAAUAAAUUAACAAUUCCAAUAAUGAAAGAUUAUUGUAAAGACAAAAAAAUACGUUCAAAUGGUACAAAAAAACAAGAUUUAAUCGAUACUAUUAAUAAUCAUCUUGGAAUAUUAAGUUAA